GGGCCGGUGCGGGGGCCGCCGCGCCGCAUGGCCAACGUCGCCAAGAAGGUGUCCUGGUCCGGCCGCGACCGCGACGACGACGAGGACGACGAGGACGAGGGGCGCGCGGGCGAGGCCACCCCGCUGCUCAACGGCGUCGGCCCCGGGGCGGGCGGCGCCCGGCAGUUCGCUCCUUCCUCCUUCUUGCGCAUUGGGCAGCUGAGCAAUGUGGAUCUCAAUGAGGACGUCCGUGAGCUGGAGACAGAGCUUCCUCGGCAGUAUCCCAGUGAGAUCCCCCACAACGAGAAACUGCUGUCGCUCAAGUACGAGAGCCUGGACUAUGACAACAGUGAAAACCAGCUGUUCCUGGAGGAGGAAAGGAGGAUAAACCAUGCGGCGUUCCGGACAGUGGAGAUCAAGCGCUGGGUCAUCUGUGCCAUGAUUGGGAUCCUCACCGGCCUUGUCGCCUGCUUCAUUGACAUUGUGGUGGAGAACCUGGCUGGGCUGAAGUACCGUGUGGUGAAGGACAACAUCGACAAGUUCACAGAGAAAGGGGGCUUGUCUUUCUCCUUGUUGCUCUGGGCGACCCUGAACGCCGGCGUGGUGAUGGUGGGCUCCGUUAUCGUUGCAUUCAUAGAGCCUGUAGCAGCCGGCAGCGGCAUUCCCCAGAUCAAGUGCUAUCUGAAUGGCGUGAAGAUCCCUCACGUUGUCCGGCUGAAGACCCUGGUGAUCAAAGUCUGCGGAGUGAUCCUCUCAGUGGUCGGAGGCCUGGCUGUUGGGAAGGAAGGACCCAUGAUUCACUCGGGGGCAGUGAUUGCUGCUGGGGUCUCGCAAGGAAGAUCCACAUCCUUGAAGCGAGACUUCAAGAUCUUCGAGUACUUCCGCAGAGACACAGAAAAGAGGGACUUUGUCUCAGCUGGAGCUGCUGCUGGUGUGUCAGCUGCAUUCGGUGCUCCUGUGGGGGGGGUCCUCUUCAGCUUGGAGGAAGGGGCUUCCUUCUGGAACCAGUUCCUGACAUGGAGAAUUUUCUUUGCUUCUAUGAUCUCUACGUUCACUCUGAACUCUGUCCUGAGUGUUUACCAUGGCAAUGCUUGGGAUCUCUCCAGCCCUGGGCUCAUCAACUUUGGCAGGUUUGAUAAUGAGAAAAUGGGAUACACGAUCCAGGAAAUUCCAAUCUUCAUAUUUAUGGGAGUAGUUGGUGGGAUCCUUGGGGCUCUGUUCAAUGCCCUGAAUUACUGGUUAACGAUGUUUCGAAUCAGGUACAUCCACCGGCCCUGCCUCCAGGUGAUUGAGGCCAUGCUGGUCGCAGCGGUGACAGCGGCUGUCGGGUUCGUCAUGAUUUACUGCUCCAGAGACUGCCAGCCCAUCCAGGGGAGCACAGUGGCUUAUCCUCUGCAGCUCUUCUGUGCUGAUGGAGAGUACAACUCCAUGGCCACCGCCUUCUUCAACACGCCAGAGAAGAGCGUCGUCAACCUCUUCCACGACCCCCCAGGCUCCUACAACCCCAUGACCCUGGGCAUGUUCACACUGAUGUAUUUCUUCCUGGCGUGCUGGACGUACGGCCUCACGGUGUCUGCGGGCGUCUUCAUCCCUUCGCUGCUGAUCGGCGCUGCCUGGGGGAGGCUGUUCGGCAUUUCCCUGUCCUACCUGACCAAGGGCUCAAUCUGGGCCGACCCCGGGAAGUACGCCUUGAUGGGAGCCGCCGCGCAGCUGGGUGGGAUAGUGCGGAUGACGCUGAGUCUCACUGUCAUCAUGAUGGAGGCAACGGGCAACGUCACCUACGGCUUCCCCAUCAUGCUGGUGCUGAUGACGGCGAAGAUUGUGGGAGACUACUUUGUGGAGGGCCUCUACGACAUGCACAUCCAGCUGCAGAGUGUGCCCUUCCUGCACUGGGAGGCCCCGGUGACGUCUCACUCCCUCACAGCCAGGGAGGUCAUGAGCACGCCCGUCACCUGCCUGCGGAGGAUCGAGCGAGUGGGCACGGUUGUGGACAUCCUCAGUGACACCUCCUCCAACCACAACGGUUUCCCCGUGGUGGAGAGCAACCCUGACGCCACGCAGGCGGCAGGACUGCGGGGCUUGAUCCUGCGCUCCCAGCUCAUCGUUCUGCUGAAGCACAAGGUUUUUGUGGAAAGGGCCAACCUGAGCCUGGUGCAGCGGCGGCUGAAGCUGAAGGAUUUCCGAGACGCCUACCCGCGGUUCCCCCCCAUCCAGUCGAUCCACGUCUCCCAGGACGAGCGCGAGUGCAUGAUUGACCUGAGCGAGUUCAUGAACCCCUCGCCCUACACGGUGCCUCAGGAGGCUUCGCUGCCGAGGGUGUUCAAGCUGUUCCGGGCCCUGGGCCUGCGGCACUUGGUGGUCGUGGACAAUCGCAAUGAGGUGGUGGGCAUGGUCACCCGCAAGGAUCUUGCCAGGUACAGGCUGGGGAAGGAAGGACUGGAGGAGCUCUCGCUGGCACAGACGUGAUGUGGGGCGCUGAUGCCCAGCAGAGCCAUGCGCUGGUUCUCGGCUGCCCUGAGACCAGGACUCUUAUUUUGCUGGAGGCAAGGAGAGGACUGGGCUGGCCAGUGCAGGCGUUGUGGUGCCUGGAGCACCGGCACAGCCGCGCUGCCCUGGCUCUCCUGCGUGUCACCGCGUUUCUAUUUCUUAUGGCUUCUCUUCUCUGAGCCUUUUCCUUUCCCCUUCCUCUAUUUCCUUGAGGGAUCAAAAUACACUGCUGUCUCCGAUAGCUGCUGAUACAGGCUGCGCCAAAAGUUGGGGCAGGGUUGGAGCGUGCCGUGGCGUUGCUGAAUAGCCCUCCUGAGCUGGACGCCAUCUCUCUCCACCGUGGGCACCUUUCCUCCAGCACUGGGCCUGUCGGGGAUCCCGCACAGUGGCACCAGGCAGCUGGGUGGAAGGGGGAGAGAUGAAGGGGUGCUCGGGGUGCUGCGGGGCUGGAGCAGAGUCCUGUCCCCCCCCGCCCCCCGGCUGGGCCAGGCUGAGCUCUGCCCCUUGGGCUGGGGAAGGGGCUCUCCCCUGCUCUGCUGCGCAAUAAAAGGGCUCCUGUGGUGCAGCAGCUGCCACCUCUGCGCUUUCUUGGUCUCCUCGGCCUGGGAGAGGGCUUGUGCCGUCCCGGGGAGGGGGGAGCCGCCUCCUCUGCGGGCCUGGGUCUGCGGUGCAGGCCCCCGCCCCAUGCCUGCUGCUUGAGGAGUCCCGCUUCUGCCCUGUCUUCCCUCCAGCGAUGGUUAGGUCAAAAGCAAACCCUGGGUGCGUUUGGUGUUGCUGUAGCCCAGGCCCUGCCUCGUGCCCCAACCCCUGCACAUGGCCACGGAGAGGGCACGUGGCCCUCGUCUGCUUUCGCUUACCCCUGGCUGUGGGGCUGGAGGAGGGGAGGGUGCACGGCCAGCGUGCCGUGGGGCCCUGCGCGGCCUUGGUAGGGGCACCAGGGCCUGGACCUGACCUGCUCGAGCACGUCCCUCCAGCCCUCAGGCUCUGCCUCCUGUGCUGGUGGAGGCACCCGCUGCGCACGCCGGCAGCCCCGGGCCCGGCCGGGCGGCCAGGGGAGGGAGCGGGGGCACCCACGGGCCCCGCCGCCCGUGCUCCACGCUGCUGGGGAUCUGGGACGAGCCUGCCCCUUGCUCUGGGGUCCAGCCUGGGUCAGCUGCGGCCUCGAGGGCUUCUCCAAGGUCUUCUACUUCUGCACUGAAAUAAAGCCUGUUUGUACUUCU